GAAAAAAUGAACGUGGAAAAUUGUUCGUCCUUGAAUGAAUUCAUUUUCUUGGGAAUUACUAGUAAUGAUGACCUCAAAGUGACCCUUUUUAGCAUAUUUCUACUGAUUUACCUCAUUAGCCUUCUGGGAAAUCUCGGAAUGAUCUUCUUAAUCAGAGUGGAUCCCCAGCUUCACACUCCAAUGUACUUUUUCCUCAGCCACCUCUCUUUCUGUGACCUCUGCUAUUCCACAGCAAUUGGGCCCAAGAUGCUUGUCGACAUAUUCACCAAGAACAAAUCAAUGUCUUUCCUGGGAUGUGCUCUGCCGUUCUUGAUCUUCUGUACCUUUGCAGAUUCUGAGUGUGUACUUCUGGCAGUGAUGGCCUUUGAUAGGUACAAGGCCAUUAGCAACCCCUUGCUGUAUACAGUUAACAUGUCUGGCAGGGUUUGUUACUUGCUUAUGGCUGGGGUUUACUUCAUAGGCCUGGCAGAUGCUUUGAUACAUACAACAUUGGCAUUCCACUUAUGUUUCUGUGGUUCUAAUGAGAUUAAUCAUUUCUUCUGUGAUUUACCACCACUUUUCCUCCUUUCCUGUUCUGACACACAGGUCAAUGAGCUGGUACUGUUCACCAUUUUUGGAUUCAUUGAACUGAGUACCAUUUCUAUUGUCCUGGUCUCUUAUGGCUACAUCAUCUCAUCUGUCUUAAAAAUCCACUCUGCUGAGGGGAGGCUCAAAGCUUUCUCCACCUGUGCCUCCCACUUUACUGCUGUUGCAAUUUUCCAGGGAGCUGUAUUCUUUAUAUAUUUUCGGCCAAGUUCUUCCUACUCUCUAGAUCAAGACAAAAUGACAUCACUGUUUUACAUCCUUGUCAUUCCCAUGUUGAACCCUCUGAUUUAUAGCCUACGCAACAAGGAUGUGAAAGAGGCCCUGCAAAAGCUUAAAAAUAGAAUGCAGUUCUAA